GACAGGAAACAGAGGCAGAGUGGAGGAGUGAAGAGUGCCCCAGUUCUCUCUGCUGGUUGUGAUGAGGAAGCUGGUGCUGCUGCCCCGCCCAACUCUGAGUUCACAGACGUCCCCCUCAGUCUGCCCUACGAGGGGACAGAGCAACAACAGGGCCUGGCAGAGUCAUUAGUGACAUUAUCAGAGACAUCAGAGGAAUCAUUACCAGCAUCACAGACACUAUCGUCAUCCACAUUAUCACAGACAUUGCAGACAUCGCUAACAUUAUCAUCAACCUCACCACAGACACUAGCCCAGCACUUUGAGGCAGAGCCAGAGAAGAGGGAUGAGGGGAGAGGAGAGGCCCAAGGGGCUGAGCUCAAAGCUGCACCACAGAGCACUGAGGUGGGGAGAGAGACCCAGAACAAAACCCACAUCCAGACCCAGCCCUGCAUAUCCACCCAGCUUGAGACACCCUUGGCCCCCAGCACCCCUGCCCUCUACCCCUCACUACCCACACUGGAGGAGGGCUCCCUGAUGCAGCUGCAUGGGGAGGCUUUGCGGCCCUGUGGGACAAGGGGCCCUGCUGUGCUGCCUUUAGGGGAGCAGGAAUGUCCUCCCAGUCUGGAGCCUGUUGUAGAAGUGGCUCCGUCUGAAGGUUCUAGGACCAGACUGUACCCUGAACUACCCCAGCCCAGCCCAGCGCUACAGGUAACCACACAUCCUUUGACCCAUUGUGUCCUCGAAGCUCUCUAUAUUACAAAGCUAUCUAUGUUACAAAAGAAUGGCGCAUAGAAAAUAAUAUUAGAAUGCUAUUUAUUUAUAGUGUGUACUGUGUUGUGUGUUACCUGCAGGAAUUCUCGUUGGAGCAGCUGAGUGUGUGGGAGCCGGGUGGGGGGAUGUGUGUGUGGGUGGAGGGGGUGGAGGUGUGUGCAGCCAGGUUUGCAGUGUUGGCCCGGCAGGAAAGCCACGAGCUGACGGAGCUCCUGCAGAACUACUGGCGCUGCCGCAGACAGCUGACACACGCACACACACAGCUGCACACACACACCUCCGACUGUAACACCACACAGAACCGACUCUGGAGCUUCAGAGAUGAACAGCUCACACUACAGGUGUGUGGUUAAAUUGACUAUGUUAGUAUACGACUUAGCACACCACAUAAAAACUACAAAGUUAUACAUUACACUUUUGUUGUUCAUAAUCUCUCUCUUUCCCCCUCUCUCUCUCUCUCUCUUAACCUCGCUCUCUCGCUCUCUUUCUCUCCAGGGUGUGUGUGGGGACCAGUCAAAGGUGUGUGGCUACCACCGCUUCCAGCAGGCUGACUUUAGUGAGGCUGUGUUGGUGGAGCUGCGGAAGCUGUUCGAGGCCCGCUCUGAACUUCUCCACCAGAAAGUGGCGCUGCACGCAUACACAGCCCUGCUGUCACGACUUCAAGUGGAGUCAUACCUACACUACCUGCUCCACGGUGGGAUUUAAUUUAAUAUUUAACAUAUUGUACACAUGGCUAGUGUGUUUCUUUGUUUAAUUAGUAUAAAGUGUAUGUGUACUGUAGAUAUGUGUGGUACCCAGAGCCAGCCCUGCUCCCUCCUCCCCCUGAAGGAGAGCAUCAGUGUUCUCUUCAGCUUCACGCGGAGAGUCCUGGACGACGCACAGUUCCAGACAGACAUCCACCUCUGGCUGCAGAGACUGGUACACACACCCACACACAUACACACACUUACCUAUCUGUAAACCUCAACACUAGCCCUGACACACACAGCCCUGAUCCAUCUGUUGUGCUGUUUGAUAAUUCUGUGGUGUGUAGGUGGCAGUGUUACUGCGUGUGGAGGGGUCAGGAGAACACUACCUGUUGAACCAUCUGCUGUGCUGUUCUGCAGGGGUGGGCAAGUGGGCUGCACCCUUCUUACAGGUGAGACACACACCCUCUAUCUAGUUAAUUUAAUGUUUUGAUUUCCUUGAAAGUAGGCCUAGUUUAUGAAUGCAGGCUCACCCCACUAUUUCUUAAUGCUUAUUGGCAGGUUGUCAUGUUUGGUUAACAGUGCCGUCCUUGCCAGGAAAAGUUGACAGAUUCUUAUCUAAAACAUGCUUGGGGUGGUGUGUUUCAGAUCCAGGUCCUGGGAAACCCCUCUGGAGUACAACAGUUCAUGCAGGCUCUCGCCAUCCUCAUGUCUCCAGUCAGGUAAAGAACCCUAACUUCUCACUCUGACCCUUGACCCCUAAACCUACACGCAGGCUCUUGCCAUCCUCAUGUCUCCUGUCAGGUAACCCUAACCUUGACCUCUUACCUUUCAUCCCCAGUCCUUACCUAUUUACGUGAUUGUUCAGUUGAACGCACACAUCUCAAGUUAGGAUUCCACCCUAUGUGUUUUUCUCUCUGAUCGUUGACCUUCAUCUUUAGGCACCGUUCUGAGUUCAUGAGCCACAUGAAGCCUUGUGAGAGUCAGAGUGCUGCAGCCUCUUGCCCUGAGUCUGGCAACUGGACCCUAGUGGAUGAAGGGGGAGAGGAGGUAACCAUGUGCGAGUGUAUUUGCGUGUGUGUGCAUGCAUGCGUUGGUGUGUGUAGUAUUUCAGGGAACUGAACCCUAGGAGGGUUGCGGUAGAAGUGUUGUAAGGUUGCUGGUAUGUGUGUUUUCAGGAUGAGGACCCAGACAGCAGCUGGUUGUUACUGUGUGAAGAGGACCUGAUCUCCCUUCUGUCCCAGUUCCCCUUCCAACAGCUCUUCACACACCUGCUAGGGAUGAGCAAGAAGGGUGUGUGAGUGCGAGUGCGCGCCUCUGUUGUCUUGAAGUUGUAUUUGACUGACGUAGUAAUUCUGUUAUUCUAGUGCCAGCUUUUUUGCUGUGUCUUCAGAUGUGUGUAUGCAGCUAUGUGACUGUCCUACCAUUUGUAUAAGUGACAUCUGUCGGUCUGUCUGUCUGUCUAGGUGUGUAUGAGCCCAAGGCCUGCUCCAGUCAGAAGAUGAUGCGUGUGUUUGCGUUCGCCUCGUCUCUGAUCGAGCUGCUGGCUGUGGGACUACACACCUACAACAGAGCUCGCUACCGCCAGCUAGUCAAACGCAUCGGACACACCAUACGGUAAUACACACAUUACAUUUACGUUGCGGAAAUGUGUUUAGAUCUAGAUGUGUUUGUAAAGGUGUAUAACUGCUGCCUCCUGUGUGCUCCCUCCCUGCAGGAUGACCAUGUGUUACGUCAGUGAUCACUGGGCCCAGUAUGCAAGUGUUGCUGGUCCAGCCCAGCCCAGUACCAUCUCUCUGGAGAAACUGCAGCUCGAAUACGACCAUCUAUUCCUCAGAGCUGUACUACACGUCCUCAGAAACAAGAGGUGAGAGGAGAAGAAAUGAAAUGUGUCUGGGUAUCUAUUCUUGCAAGGCAGUAAAAAUAUUGAUUUUGAGAGUAAGGUGUGUGUGCGUGUAUUGUCUGACUGUGUGUGUGUUCUCCUAGGUUGGGUAUCUGGCUGUUCAUGUCAGAGAUGCCCUAUGGAACCGUGUCCAGUUCCAUGCUGUGGAGAGUUCUGUACAUGAUGCAGUGUGCAGAGACCACUGCACCGGACACACUCAACUCUACAGACAACACAUACGCCUGCCUACAGGCCCUCAGAGGUACACAUACAUUGCAUUUGGAAAGUGUUCAGACCCCUUUACCUUUUCCACAUUUUGUUACGUUACAGCCUUAUUCUAAAAUGGAUUUUUUUUUAUCCUCAUCAAUCUACACACAACACCCCAUAAUGACAAAGCAAAAACAGUUUUUAUUUUGAGCAAAAAUGGAAAUAUCAUAUUUUAAAUAAAUAUUAAGGCCCUUUACUCAUUACUUUGUUGAAGCACCUUUGGCAGCGAUUACAGCCUUGAGUCUUCUUGGGUAUGACGCUACAAGCUUGGCACACCUGUAUUUGGGGAGUUUCUCCCAUUCUUCUCUGCAGAUCCUUUCAAGCCCUGUCAGGUUGGAUGGGGAGCGUCGCUGCACAGCUAUUUUCAGGUCUCUCCUUAAAUGGCCAUUUACUGUUAUAAUCUCCACCCGGCACAGCCAGAAGGGGACUGGCCACCCCUCAGAGCCUGGUUCCUCUCUAGGUUCCUUUCUAGGGAGUUUUUCCUAGCCACCAUGCUUCUACAUCUGCAUUGCUUGCUGUUUGGGGUUUUAGGCUGGGUUUCUGUAUAGCACUUUGUGACAUCUGCUGAUGUAAGAAGGGCUUUAUAAAUACAUUUGAUUGAUUGAUUUACUCAGUACUUUGUUGAAGCACCUUUGGCAGCGAUUACAGCCUUGAGUCUUCUUGGGUAUGACGCUACAAGCUUGGCACAUCUGUAUUUGGGGAGUUUCUCCCAUUCUUCUCAGCAGAUCCCCUCAAUCUCUGUCCGGUUGGAUGGGGAGCGUUGCUGCACAGCUAUUUUCAGGUCUCUCCAGAGAUGUUCGAUAGGGUUCAAGUCCGGGCUCUGGCUGGGCCACUCAAGGACAUUCAGAGACUUGUCCCGAAGCCACUCCUGCAUUGUCUUGGCUGUGUGCUUAGGGUCGUUGUGCUGUUGGAAGGUGAACCUUCGCCCCAGUCUGAGGUCCUGAGCGCUCUGGAGCAGGUUUUCAUCAAGGAUCUCUCUAUACUUUACUCCGUUCAUCUUUCCCUCGAUCCUGACUAGUCUCCCAGUCCCUGCCGGUGAAAAACAUCUCCACAGCAUGAUGCUGCCACCACCAUGCUUCACCCUAGGGAUGGUGCCAGGUUUCCUCCAGACGUGACGCUUUGCAUUCAGGCCAAAGAGUUCAAUCUUGAUUUCAUCAGACCAGAAUCUUGUUUCUCAAUGUCUAAGAGUCUUUAGGUGCCUUUUGGCAAACUCCAAGCGGGCUAUCAUGUGUCUUUUACUGAGGAGUGGAUCCGUCUGGUCACUCUACCAUAAAGGCCUGAUUGGUGGAGUGUUGCAGAGAUGGUUGUCCUUCUGGAAGAACUCUGGAGCUCUGUCUGAGUGACCAUCGGGUUCUUGGUCACCUCCCUGACCAAGGCCCUUCUCCCCAGAUUGCGCAGUUUGGCCGGGCGGCCAGCUCUAGGAAGAGUCUUGGUGGUUACAAACUUCUUCCAUUUAAGAAUGAUGGAGGCUACUGUGUUCUUGGGGACCUUCAAUCCUGCAGGCAUUUUUUGGUACCCUUCCCCAGAUCUGUGCCUCGACACAAUCCUGUCCCGGAGCACUACGGACAAUUCCUUCGACCUCAUGGCUUGGUUUUUGCUCUAACAUGCACUGUCAACUGUGGGACCUUAAAUAGACAGGUGUGUGCCUUUCCAAAUCAUGUCCAAUCAAUUGAAUUUACCACAGGUGGACUCCAAUCAAGUUGUAGAGACAUCUCAAGGAUGAUCAAUGGAAACACCUGAGCUCAAAUUCGAGUCUCAUAGCAAAGGGUCUGAAUACUUAUGUAAAUAAGGUAUUUCAGUUUUUUAAAUUAGCAAACAUUUCUACAAACCUGUUUUCACUUUGGCAUUAUGGGGUAUUGGGUGUAGAUUAAUGAGGAUUUUUAUUUAUUUAAUCAAUUUUAGAAUAAGGCUGUAACGUGACAAAAUGUGGGAAAUAUCAAGGGAUCUGAAUACUUUCCGAAUACACUGUAUAAUAAUGAUAGGAAUUAAUUGUAUUCAUUAAGUACUUUUCUCACACCCAAUGCGUUAAAAAACAACAGAGAAUAAGACCACAAUAUCACACAUUCACACAGUGUGUCAGAGCAGGAGCCAUGCCUUAAUGACGUGCUAAAAUGUAUUGCAGAGCCAGGUCACCAGGAGAGGUUUGAGAAGUGUCUGUGUGAGGUCAACAGUUCUGAUGGAAUCUCUCUCCUCACGGCACUAGCUCACAUGGCCAUGCCUACCCACCACUCUGACCCCACCUUCAUUACUACUAUAGCUCUCCUCGUUUACCAGGUAACACACGAGCACAUUUCUUUUUCUAAAUUUUCACACGGAAUGAAUACAGUGCACGGCAAAGCCACUGGCUGCCAGUUUCUACUGGGGGUCACCCUAUAUUUCUGUCUCUCUGUUUUUCUCUCUCCCUCCAGGUGUCCUAUGUCAGUGUGUCUACAAGGGAGACCUAUUCUAAGGUGGGCCGGGAGCUGCUGGCCACCAUAGCAACCGCUCAUCCUUACAUCAUCUCAGUCCUGCUGGACAGACUCCGAGAGACCAUAGAGACAGUCGGCAUGGUAAGUGUGUUGGUGUGUGUGUGCAUGAGUGUGUGACCUCUGUCAGCAGCUGAGGUUGCUGUGGAAAGUAGGCGGAUGAAGACUUCAAGUGUAACAGAGGUGGUUCAGUUAAGUAAACCUGUGUGAUGAUUAACCUUGUCUGAGACCUGUGUAUGAAGGUGGCGCUAUACCUCUGUAAGGAGCUGCCCCUGUGCCUUUGGCGUCCUAGCCCAGAGGAAGUGUGUGUGAUCGGGAGCUGGCUGCUCCAACACCCCCUCUCUGCUGUGGAGAACCGCCUGGCCUGUGUUAUACUGGAGGGACUGGACUGGGGCUAUGCACAGGUACUAUACACACACCUAACCCUACAUAGAAUUUGAGUGUGUUGAGUGUGUAUUUUGGUGUGUUGACUGUGUACAGUGUGUAAUGUUGAGUAUGUGUGUCUUAUAGGAUGGGACUCUGGCCCUGCCCUCCUCUCUCCACAGUGAAGUUGCUCUGCUGGUGGCCGAAGCCUAUCAGAAAUACCUCACAGACAAACCAUACAAUGGACUCAUCUCAGAGGGAAUCAAACAGGUAACACACACACUAUACACUAGUCCAGUGGUAUUCAAAGUUGGGGUCGUGGGGAACUGCAGUGGGGUUGCCAAAAAAUGUAAUAAAAAUAUAUAAUCAUAUUUUUUAGGAACAACAAAUUAAUAGUACAGAUUAUUGUAUGGGACAAUAUACAAACGUUUUUGAGGAAGGUCGUUUGAAAAAUACAAUUGUAUUUAGUAAAUGUAUUUAUUGGUUUCUUUUCAUUUUGAUAUGAGAUGAAAAUGCAAUGAAUUAAGGUUAUUUGUUCAUGAAAAAUUUUAAGGUUGUCAUUAGAUUUGGGGUGGGGUCGUGAGAAAUUCUUGCAAAAAAAAGAGGUCCACAGAAAUUGUGGCGGAAAUUCAGUCCCCACUGAAAAAGUUUGAAUGCCACUGCACUAGUCUCAUCUCAGAGGGUAACACACACUCCCAUCUUCCUCUGUCUAUGUCUCUCAGGUGUCCUACCUGGCUAGUGUUCUCCGUCUGGGUCUGUCUCCUGAGGCUUCUUUCAGCCAGUGGGCCUGGCAGCUGUUGCUAAGGCUGAAGCUCCAUGGCAACACCCAGUACCCUCAGGCAGCCUGGUCCACCCCCGGCUCCGCCCCUAACCCCUCCCCUGAGCUCACUCACGCCCCCAACAUGCACCCUGUUCUCAGGGCCGUGAAGGCGGGCAUUCCCAUUGGCUGUUACCUGGCCAUCGCCAUGACUACUGUAGGUCACAGGUAUGACCAUCUGCUCACACACACACACACACACACACAUCAGACACCAUAAAUCAGGGAUCAUCAACUAGAUUCAGCCGCGGGCUGAUUUAUUUUGUGGCGGAUGUUCGGGGGGCCGGAACAGAAUUACAAAUCCUGCAAUUUGACCGCAAGAAUCCCAUACAGAUAUAAUAUUUGACAAAAACAUGAUCAUUUCAAACCUUGCUUACAUUUACAUUUACAUUUUAGUCAUUUAGCAGACGCUCUUAUCCAGAGCGACUUACAGUUAGUGAGUUUUUUUUUCUCCAUACUGGCCCCCCAUGGGAAUCGAACCCACAACCCUGGCGUUGCAAGCGCCAUGCUCUACCAACUGAGCUACACGGGGCCCAUGGGAAUACUUGGGAACAGAUUUUCAAAAUCUAAAUAACUGGUGCUUUUACAGUCUUUUAUGUUCAACAAUUAUUAUAUAUUUUUUAAGCUCAGAAAACUUGGAGAGCCAAAUAAAACCACCUGAGGGCCAAAUUCAGCCACUGGCUGCCAGUUGGGGAACCCUGCCAUACAUACACACAUCUCCACCCACUACUGUACUGAAUUAUUGCCUGUGUGUGGAAAGUCUCACUCUGUACUAUUGUAGUGUGUGUGUGUAACCUCACUCACUCACUCACUCACUCAUCCCAGUCUGGAGGUGUUCUGCACAGAGGGAGUGGAUCUGCUGAAGAGUCUCAUUCAGUCUCGUCAUCUGAGAGCUGCUGUCCAUCUACUGGACAACAUCCUCCCUCCUACCUACCCUCUCAGCUUCUAUCUGCUAAAGAACACACAGUAAGAUAUCAUGCACACUACGUCUUACACACUAAUAUACAACAUCCUCCCUCCUUCCAGCCCUCUCAGCUUCUGUAGUUAAUUUUCACUACCUUUUAAAUCCUUCCUAUCCUAAACUGUAAAAUCAAACUAAAAUCUCACAAAACUGGAGGCCUGUGGCAUUGCUCUGUUUGAACUACAACAUGUUUUUCUCUCUGUGCCAGGUUUGUGGGCUGUGUCCAAUUGUUCUUGCAGUGUGACAGUGUGUCCCCUCAGGGUGUAACACAGCAGGUCACCCACAGGGUGGCGCCUCUCUUCACUGGAGGCACCUACGGGGACAUGGUACGCCUGCUGAACAGUGUGAUACAGGUAUGUACACACACACCUAAUAAAUAUCUAUCAGAACUGGUGUGAAACAUGGGACUAACCAGACUUAUGUAUCAGUAGUUACAUCAGCCAACUGUAGAACUGGAUGCCAUGUUCCUGCCUCUGAACAUUCCAUUAAAAUGUAAAUGAUGAGUGUGUGAUUGUUUCUCUUUCAGACUCACGUGAUGGAGAGUUCUAGGCCAGGUCGUGUGGGUCCGGCAGCGGUUCUAGAGUUCUGGGUGGGGGUUCUAACCCAGCAGAAACUGUGGUACCGAGACAGAACCGUUCUGUUUCUGAUGGACCAGAUCUGUCAUGCUGCCUUCACACAGCGCCAGGAGGAGUGUGUACAGAGACUACUGUGCCAGCAGCACAAGGUACACACACUCAUACACACACACAGAGAGAGCGAGACAGGAGAUGUACAGUCCCAUAUAUUUCAGAUGUUAUGCUUAUGUUGAUCGGUGUCACACACUAGAUCAGUCUGUGAUGCUCUAGGUCUCACCCCUCUGCUAGAUUGCCUUAGGUUACCAUGGAGACCGGAGUCUGCUCUCCUCCCUGGUUGGUUGGAUUUCUGGAAAUGCCACACCCUCAUUCAUCGAGGGCCAAUCGAUGAGCGUGGAGGUGAGGACUCUUACAUCAUUCCUAUCUGACCUCUCUGAUCUGUGCUGUACCUGGGUCAUUCUGUGUGAAAUAGAAGAACAUUUGACAUUUUUGCAUUUUCCUUAGAAAUUCAGCACAAAUUCGGAUUAUGUGUAGGCGUGGUUUAUUUGUGAAAUGAUAACUGCACUGUGUAGGUGUGGUUUGCGUGGCUGGUGUUGAACAUGGAGGGGAUGUUUGAGGAGGAUUCUCAGCUGAGACGCUGUGUGGAGCAUGAACUACUGUCUGACCCCAACCUCUCACCUGACCAGGCCCUGAAGGUACACACACACACACACUCUAACCCCAACACUCCACACAUACUCUAACCCCAACCUCUCACCUGACCAGCAGAACAUCCUCAUGCUGUUCGGUAGAUCUUAAAAUAAAACUUUGAGAGAUUUAUAAGCCAUCAUCUGAGAUACAUGGUGCUUGUGUUUGACUAUCUUUGUGUUUGGUGUGUGUGUGCGCGUGCGCCUGUGUGUGUCUGUGCGCGUCUGUGUCUGUGUGCGGUCUGUGUCCGUGUGUGUGAGACAGAAGGCCCAGCAGCGGUUGAAGCUCCCAGUGGCUCUGUCUCUGCAGCGGCUGCAGGUGUACCGGUGGGCGUGUCAGGCAUUGGCCACACCCCCUGAUCACCCGCUCCUCCCCCUCAUCUGGCAGAGGUUCCUGCAGCUCUACCUGAGACAGCCAGGACCUGAGUAUGGGUACGACACAUCACACACCUAACACCAUAACCUCUAGGCUGCAUCUGGGUAUAGAUUCAGUAAUGUUUUCCCUGUUUCUGGUGUCUACAGUCUGGAUGCAGGGAGCUGUAUUGGUCGUCGGUUCUUCCAGGCCUCGUCUCAGGCUGUGUUACUGAGAGAUCUGAGACAGAGACUACAGGAGGUGUCUGACUUCCACCACGCCGCCAGCCAGGCCCUGAGGGUGCCCCCGACACACACCCCCAGCCAGGGAGAGGACAGUCCCGACUCCCCCCCGCCUCCCUUUCUCACCUCCCCGCUGCUACACACAGAGUUGGUCAGGUAGUAAGAGCUGGAAGCCCCUCCCCUCAGCUCUGUUAUGACUGGCUGUUUCCCAAGAUUAUCUGAUUGGUUGUUUUCCCAGGCUGUUUGGUGUGUUUGCCGUGUGGUUGGACGAUGAGACUCUUCAGAAGAAGGAAGUGUACCUGCCCUCUCUCCCUCCGCAGUAUGACCCCCACAGACUGGCCAAGGUCAUGCACAAACAACAGGUGUGUGUGUGUGUGUGUCCUGUGUCAUGUACCUACUGUAGAUAGUUUGUCCUUGCCACUGUUGCCUCUGCUUUCCUUUUGAUGUAUUGAUUGAUAGAUGUAUUGUAUUGGUUGAGUGUAGGAGCUGUGGUUGGAGUAUGUUGACCAGGAGCGUGUCCAAUAUGAUGAGAUGGAGGUCCUGGCUCUCUGGGACAAAGUGAAGAGUGAACCUCCCUUCAUACAGAGCAACAACCCUGCCUUCACUGACUACACCAACCCCAGCGCAGGUACACACACAUGAACACACACACAGCCUCAGCGCAUAGCAGGUACACAACAAAGUUGUGACAUUGGAAAUGUUACCAUUCUAGUUCUACAAACCAAACUGUCUUGUUAUCGUCAUUGUUGUAACCUUUCGUGUGUGUGUGUGUACUCUCUGUGUGUAGCAAGGGAGCGUAUCCAGUCUAACCUGCAGAAGCACCCUGUCCCUCGGCCUCUCCCUGAGCUGCAGUCUCAGAGAGCUCCAGUACCAGAGGUCCCCUCUGCCUGCCUCACUGACCCUACUGUUGCAUCCACUCUCCUACAGCAGGACCUCAGCUGUCUGCAGGCACAGGCCAGGUACACACACACACCAUCAUUUCAUUUAUGUAUAACUAGCUGUAUGGGAUUUUUAGGGCCCUGUCUUGACCAUUUGCUUGGUGCGUUCAGGUUUGCAGUGUCUCGGGAGGCCCAGCAGGUGGCGCUGGAGUCAGAACUGCUGGAGAGUCUUCCUUUGCUCUACCGGAACAGGCCAGAGCAGGUCACCAUGGCUCUGGUGUGCAGAGGGCAGAGGGGGGGGCAGCCCUGCCAGGGAGCUGCACACAUCACCGUCACAGUAGGACUUCUAUAUGAGUCAAUUCUGUUUUAAAUUUCAUUUUCAGAAUGGGUUGAUUCUGCUUGAAAAUUCCACUCAGAAAGGGUGAUUAGGCCAUCCUACGAUGUAAACAUGCAUCCUCCCGUCUGUGUGUCGGCCUGUCUGUCUCUCUGUGUGCAGUGUGAGUGUGUGCAGAAGCAGGAAGCGGUGGAGACUCAGAUCUUGUCUCUGCGCAGCGACAUCAAGCAGUUGCAGACAGAAACCAUUACUCCUCCCCCUCAGAGCCUCGCCCAGGCUGCAGUACACACCGAGAACUUCAUUACGUCAGUACACACACACACACACCAUGCUUGUUUUAGUUAUUUCCCAAUAAUAAUUUUUGAUACUGUCAAAUAUGUGCCAUAAAGUCAAAAUGUGUAUGACUGUGUGUGUGUGUGUGCAGGGCUCUGGUGAAUUUGUACAAGGCCCAGCCAACAGCAGUGGUACAGAGUGUAGGAGUGGCUGCCUUCUACAAGGUGGUCUCUUUCGUCUGUGAAGACACACUCCGCCACCCACCCACCCGCCAGUACCUCUCCUCGUGCGUCGAGAUACUGGGACAGGUACUACACACACACACACUAACACACACAAACUCAUUGCAUACACGUUUGAUGUGACCGUAGUUAAUCCAGUAUUUGUGCUUGUGUAGGUGUUUAUUCAGGGCACCAAGGCAGAGUGUGGGCGUGUCCUCAGCACCAUCCUGCAGCAGAGACGUCUGUGUCCCCUCCUCUCCCCCUUCUUCACCCCAAACGCAGCGCCCAAUCAGCUCGUCUCCCUCUACGAGGAAGUGGUGACAUCACUGCACCCCGACGGCGCUGACGUCAUCUUCAUGCUGCUCACUAAGGUCAGCCUCAACCUUUAAAAAAUCCUUGUAGGAGGAUUUUAACACCUUAACACACACAACCUCCACACAACAGCUACACACACACACACACACCACCCACACAGAACAAACACAUCCUUCACACAGAAAACACACUUCCACCUCCACCCACCUCACAGACAACUGGAGGUCUGUGGCAUUGCUAUAUUAGGAUGACUAGAUCCUUUCUCUCCCUGUGUAGUUUGACCUGAGUGCGUGGCUGAGUGAGGCCCAGCCAGUAUUCUCAGAGCGUAGCAAGCUGGUAGAGCUGGUCCACGCUGCUCUGUGUUCCUGUGGCCUUGACCCAGAGGCUGACCUCCUCACGCCCUUUCACCUCUUCACCCGACACUGGACCCUGCUGCUCAGACACCACUUCCCUGACCACUACAGCGACUGCCUGCGCCUGCUCAUGACCAGUAAGACUGUUUGUUUGUUUGCUCUAAAUGCGGACACUAAAGGUUGUUCGCACAUGCACUAAUUGCGGACUUCAACGUGCAAUGUGUGUGCAGACUUCUAAAGUGUGUGGUGUGGGUGAUUGUGGUCUGUGUCACUGUCAGGUUCGACAGAGCAGUUGCUGAGCCCAGAGUGUUGGAGGGUGACUCUGCGUGUGCUGGGAGUCUCUCCUCCCCCCUGCAACACCAAAACCACAGCAGAGCCUUCCGGGACCGCCGAUACCCCCAAACCCACAUCUGCCUCCCCUCGACGAGCCCCCAUCACCCUCUCUCCUCAGCAGGUGAGUCUGCUGAAAGUCUUCCUAAAUCCAGAUAUUCAAUACAGUUAAUUUACAAUACAGUUUAUUUAAGAAACAACCCUGACCCCUGCCUUGUCUCCUGAUUGGCCCCUCCCCAGGUGGAGGAGACAGUUGAUUGGCUGUGUGAGUAUUUCCUGCAAUGUCGUCUCAGUAAGGCAGACCUCUGCAGCUUUGGCCUUUACUCCGCCUGGGCGCCAUACGUCAGUGAGGUCACCGCGUUCUGGGGAUAUCUGAUUGGCUACCUCAUCGACCUACAGCUCAGUGCCUGCGCCAGGGAGCCACUGGGGGCAGCCAGAGUGAUGAAAGGUACGAGACAUAGAAUGACAUAUAGAACUCAUAUAGAUAUACAUGUACAUACAGUGAUUUUAUAGGAUCUCUGUGGUACCAGACACAGUUCUAGGUUGUGUCAUGCAUGCAUUCUGUUUUCCCAGUUGCUGUGCUGACAGAUCUCCUUCUCCCCUCUCCUCUCUUCCUCUCGCUGUCUCUUUCAGCCCUGCAGGAUCUAAACAGUAAGAUGGUCCGGCUAUUUAAGCCCUGGAUCCUGGUUCUGGAGACAGACAACGUCAGGUACAUACACCUCUCUAUCCCUCCAUCACUUUUUCUCCCUUUGCUUAUCUCCCUCUCACCGACCUCCUUCUCACCUCACCUUGCAUAACAUUCACACAGAACUUGAGGCCUGUGGUAUUGCUCUGUUUAGACUACAAUAUGUUCACUCUCUCUCUGUAUCUCUGUGUGUAUCUCUGUGUGUCUCUCUGUCUGUCUCUCUGUCUGUUCUCUGUCUCUCUCUUUGUCUCUGUCUCUCUCUCUGUCUCUCUCUUUGUCUCUCUCUUUGUCUCUGUCUCUCUGUCUCUUUGUCUGUGUAAUCCAAGGUGUUAUCCCUGGUUGGAGUCCGAUGCCAGCGCUGCAGGCUGUCUUGUGGGACUCUACGCCCAGCUCACCCAAAACACUACACCACAAGUUCAGAGGUGUGUGAGAUGUCAUGAAAGUCAUUCAUGUGUUUGCAUGUGUAGGUCUACGUUUAAGAUAUCCAUAAACUAAUGUACACUGAGUAUACAAAACAUUAAGAACACCUGCUCUUUCCAUGACAUAGGCUGACCAGGUGAAUCCAGGUGAAAGCUACGGUCACUUGUUAAAUCCACUUAAAUCAGUGUAGAUGAAGGGGAGGAGACAGGUUAAAUAAGGAUUUUUAAGCCUUGAAACAAUUGAGACAUGGUUUGUGUAUGUGUGCCAUUCAGAGAGUGAAUGGGCAAGACAAAAUAUUUAAGUGCCUUUGAAUGGGGUAUGGUAGUAGGUGCCAGGCGCACCAGUUUGUGUCAAACCCACCAGUGUGCAGUUCUUUUCACGCUCAACUGUUUCCCAUGUGUAUCAAGAAUGGUCCAGAACCAAAAGGACAUCCAGACAACUUGACACAACUGUGGGAAGCAUUGGAGUCAACAUGGGCCAGCAUCCCUGUGGAACGCUUUCGACACCUUAUAGAGUACAUGCCCUGACGAAUUGAGGCUGUUCUGAGGGCAAAAGAGGAGGGGCGGUGUUCCUAAUGUUUGGUGUGUUCCAGAGCGUCUUCUCCCCGGGCAGCGUGGAGCUCUAUGGCUGUGUCUGAUGCAGUACUGUGACAGCUGCAGCUCUCCUCGUACUCCUGAGUACCUCCUCUACCUUUACCACACACACCUCCGCAGCCUGCCCUGGACACACCUGCACCCCGACACACACCUCAUGGAACAGCUCUUCAAUGUAAGACCCUAAGCCUAACCACUAACCCUGGUGUAGAUUGUGUUUUGGUACCCAAGGUUAAUCUGUUCCCCUGCAGGUGGAGAGAGGAAGUCGUAAGAGCUGCUUCCUCUUCCUUGGGGCAGUCCUCUGUGAGGUCAACUGGGUCAGCGUUCUGGGUGACAGCCUGCAAACCCCGGCAAGCUCUAACAGGAACAUACACACAGACUCACACAAGAUGCUGGUGUAUCUGCUCUACAUGCUGGUGUUCCUCACUAAAGAAGAGCAGCUGCUCAGCCAACCGGUGAGUGAGUAUUAGGAUGUUAGGAUGCUGGAUAGCUGUGUUUGUGUUUGUACACGACUUAGUAAUCACUUUGUUUAUUUAUGUAUUACCUCAUUAUAACUGGUGUGUAGCUCUGUUAAACUCUCCAUGUCGGUGGGUAUAAAGCUAUCGACUAUGGUUAUAUUGGGAUUUUGUGGGAGAUGGAAUUUUUGACUGUCUGUACCUGGUAUCGAUUAUUUUCCCCUCUUCCUCCAGGACUCCCCUCUUCUUAGUCUGUUGGUCCAGUCAGCCUUUCUGCCAUGGCACCAGGUUGACCAUUCCUCCUACCAAGGGAUCAUGGGAUAUCUAGGCACCCACUACCCUCCCUCUCUGCUGCUCAGCACAGACUUCGCUCCUCAGACGCUGCUCCAAUCACUACGUAGCGCUGCUGGGCUACGGCCACGCCCCCACGGAAUGCCACAACGGGUGAGAAAGAGGGGACACAACAAAAUAAUCUCACCCUCUCUUUUUCUCUAUUUUUAUCAUUAACAUACAGACAGUCAAUCUCUACUCACUCUAUUAUAGAUGGACUGUCUUUCAUUACCACAGACAAAAUGAAUGCCCUAAUCUCUCUCCCUUUCGUUCUCUGUAGGACGAGACCGUCAAGGCCGGUGUGUGUGUGCGCUGGUGUGUCCAGUGCCUGGUCUCUCUGGAGCAGAGUGGCAGCAUCAGUCUGGCUAACCUGGAGACGCAGCUAGAGACACUACUGGAGAGCAUCAUCACCUUCAACCCACCUGGUAAGAACUCUUCAUCAUCAUCAUCAUUAUCUUCAUCACCUCCAUCAAUAAUCUUCAUUUUUGCUUUGUUAUAACAAGAUUUUAUCUUUCUCUCUCUUCCUGCUUCUCUCUCUCUCUCUCUCUCUCUCUCUCUCUCUCUCUCUCUCUCUCUCUCUCUCUCUCUCUCUCUCUCUCUCUCUCUCUCUCUCUCUCUAGAGCUGGGCUUGGAGCAAAGACACAUGGCAUUCUGUAGUCUGUUCUGUGGUUCGCUGGCUUUGCUGAACAGAGUGGGCGUGUCUACAGGCGAGGCCCUGGCGGCUCGUGUCAUUGGCUGGCUGGACAGGAAGGGGCAGGGUUUUCCAGUGCUGCCGCUCCUGACCGCUUGCUCCCGUUGCCUAGCGUCCCUACGCCACAUGACCCGUAUCACAGAGGCUUGCAUCAUCGCCUACUUCACCCAUGGUAACCACGGAGACAGUAACCAUGGGAAGGGUUUCCCAAGGAAGGGCUUAGGGGAGGGUCUGUGUCAGGGUUUCUCAGCAGGGGGUACUGGUGAUGGACAGUUGUAUUUCUUGUACUUUAUUUCACACAUGAUGUGAAAACCACACUCGAUAGCUCUUCCUCUCCCCUCCCUCUCCAUCUUUCUCACUCUAGCGGAAGAGGAGGGUGUGGGGUGGGGUCCUGUGUUGGCAUCCCUGCAGGUGCCUGAGCUGACCGUGGAUGACUUCCUGUCCGAGAGCCAAUCAGGAGGCAGCUUCCUAACACUCUACGCUUACAUCCUGCAGCGCCUCAACAUGGAACACACUGCGGCCAAUGAGAAGAGAACACUCGCUUUACUCAACACAUGGACCAGUCAGGUCUUCCCCAGGUCUGACCCCCUCCCCCUGUGUGUGUGUGUGUGUGUGUGUGUUUGUGUGUGUCUGUCUGUAAUAUAGUUUGUCUCUCUCUCCAAGUGAUCCCGGUGACGAGGCCAAGUUGUUCCUGUGGUGGCACAAGGCCCUGUGUGUGUCUGUGGAGCAGCUGCAGCCGGGGCUGGGGGAGGUCCCGGCCGUGGUAGCGGGCCUACUGCGGCUGCAGACUCUGCUCUCUCAGAUGGGAGAGGAGAGACUCAGUUCAGGACUGCUGGGGGCUAUAGGAUUGGGCCGCCGAUCACCCCUAUCAAACAGGUACACACACACAGACAUACUGUACAUACACUGAUUAUACCAAACAUUAGGAACACCUUCCUAAUAUUGAGUUACACCCCCCCCUUUUGCCCUCAGAACAACCUCAAUCUGUCGGGGCAUGGACUCUACAAGGUGUGGAAAACGUUCCACAGGGAAUCUGGCCCAUGUUGACUACAAUGCUUCCCACAGUUGUGUCAAGUUGGCUGGAUGUCGUUUGGGUGAUGGACCAUUCUUGAUACACAUGGGAAACUGUUGAGCGUGAAAAACCCAGCAGAGUUGCAGUUCUUGACACACUCAAACCGGUGCGCCUGGCCCCAUUCAAAGGCACUUAAAUAUCUUGCCCAUUCACCCUCUGAAUGGCACACAUACACUACCAGUCAAAAGUUUUAGAACACCUACUCAAUCAAGGGUUUUUCUUUAUUUUUACUAUUUUCUACAUUGUAGAAUAAUAGUGAAGACAUCAACACUAUGAAAUAACACAUGUGGAAUCAUGUAGUAACCAAAAAAAGUGUUAAACAAAUCAAAAAAUAUAUAUUUUUUGAGAUUCUUCAAAUAGCCACCCUUUGCCUUGAUGUCAGCUUUGCACACUCUUGUCAUUCUCUCAACCAGCUUCACCUGGACUGCUUUUCCAACAGUCUUGAUUGAGUUCCCACAUAUGCUGAGCACUUGUUGGCUGCUUUUCCUUCACUCUGCGGUCCGAUUGUGGAGGCCAGGUCAUCUGAUGCAGGUCUCCAUCACUCUGCUUCUUGGUCAAAUAGCCCUUACACAGCCUGGAUGUGUGUUGGGUCAUUGUCCUGUUGAAAAACAAAUGAUAGUCCCACUAAGCCCAAACCAGAUGGGAUGGUGUAUCGCUGCAGAAUGCUGUGGUAGCCAUGCUGGUUAAGUGUGCCUUGAAUUCUAAAUAAAUCACAGACAGUGUCACCAGCAAAGCACCCCCACAUCAUAACACCUCCUCCUCCAUGCUUUACGAUGGGAAAUACAGAUGCGGAGAUCAUCCGUUCACCCACACCGCGUCUCACAAAGACACGGCGGUUGGAACCAAAAAUCUCAAAUUUGGACUCCAGACCAAAGGACAAAUUUCCACCGGUCUAAUGUCCAUUGCUCGUGUUUCUUGGCCCAAGCAGGUCUCUUCUUCUUAUUGGUGUCCUUUAGUAGCGGUUUCUUUGCAGCAAUUCGACCAUGAAGGCCUGAUUCACACAGUCCCCUUUGAACAGUUGAUGUUGAGAUGUGUCUGUUACUUGAACUUUGUGAAGCAUUUAUUUGGGCUGCAAUUUCUGAGACUGGUAACUCUAAUGAACUUAUUCUCUGCAGAAAAGGUAACUCUGGGUCUUCCAUUCCUGUGGCAGUCCUCAUGAGAGCCAGUUUCAUCAUAGCGCUUGAUGGUUUUUGCGACAGUACUUGAAGGAACUUUCAAAGUUCUUGAAAUUUUCCGGAGUGACUGACCUUCAUGUCUUAAAGUAAUGAUGGACUGUCGUUUCUCUUUGCUUAUUUGAAAUGUUCUUGCCAUUAUAUGGACUUGGUCUUUUACCAAAUAGGGCUGUCUUCUGUAUACCCCUCCUACCUUGUCACAACACAACUGAUUGGCUCAAACGCAUUAAGAAGGAAAUAAAUUACAAAUGCAUUCCAGGUGACUACCUCAUGAAACUGGUUGAGAGAAUGCCAAGAGUGUGCAAAGCUGUCAUUAAGGCAAAGGGUGGCUAUUUGAAGAAUCUCAUAUAUAUAUAUAUAUAUAUAUAUAUAUAUAUAUAUAUAUAUAUAUAUAUAUAUAUAUAUAUAUAUAUAUAUAUAUAUAUAUAUAUAUAUAUAUAUAUAUAUAUAUAUAUAUAUAUAUAUAUAUAUAUAUAUAUAUAUAAAAUAUAUAAAAUAUAUUUGGAUUUGUUUAACACUUUUUUUGGUUACUACAUGAUUCCAUAUGUGUUAUUUCAUAGUUUUGAUGUCUUUACUAUGAUUCUACAAUGGAGAAAAUAGUCAAAAUAAAGAAAAACCCUUGAAUGAGCAGGUGUUCUAAAACUUUUGACCAGUAGUGUAUACAAUCCAUGUCUCAAUUGUCUCAAGGCUUAAAAAUCAUUCUUUAACCUGUCCCCUCCACUUUGUCUACACUGAUUUGAAGUGGAUUUAACAUAAUGAACAAAAAUAUAAACGUAACUUGCAACAAUUUUAAAGAUUUUACUGAGUUACAGUUCAUAUAAGGGAAUCGGUCAGUUGAAAUAAAUUCAUUUGGCCCUAAUCUAUGGAUUUCACAUGACUGGGCAGGAUGCCGCCAUUGUUGGGACUGGGAGAGCAUAGGCCUACCCACUGGGGAGCCAGGCCCAGCAAAUCAGAAUGAGUUUUUCCCCACAAAAGGGCUUUAUUACAGACAGAAAUACUUCUCAGCACUCCCCCCACCACCCCUCAGACGAUCCCGCAGGUGAUGAAGCCGAAUGUGGAUAUCAAGGGCUGGCGUGGUUACACGUGGUCUGCGGGUGUGUGGCCGGUUAGACGUACUGCCAAAUUCUCUAUAACUACGUCGGAGGCAGUGGCAACCGCUCUGGUGGACAUUCAGCAUGCCAAUUGCACGCUCCCUCAAAACUUGAGACAUCUGUGGCAUUGUGUUGUGUGACAAAACUGCACAUUUUAAAGUGGCCUUUUAUUGUCCCCAGCACAAGGUGCACCUGUGUAAUGAUCAUGCUGUUUAAUCAGCUUCUUGAUAUGUCACACCUGUCAGUUGGAUGGAUUAUCUUGGCAAAGGAGAAAUGCUCACUAACAGGGAUGUAAACUAAUUUGUGCACAACAUUUGAGAAAAAUAAGCUUUUUGUGUGUAUGGAACGUUUCGGGUAUUUUUUUAUUUCAGCUUAUGAAACAUUGGACCAACACUUUACAUGUUGCGUUUUAUAUUUUUGUUCAGUGUAGCUUUCACCUGGUCAGUCUGUCAUGGAAAGGGCCGUUUAUUUUUUAUAUACUCUGUGUGUAUAUACAGUCGUGGUCAAAAGUUUUGAGAAUGACACAUUAAUUUUCACAAAGUCUGCUGCUCAGUUUUUUGUUAUGAAGAGUGAUCAGAUGAAUUGCAAUUAAUUGCAAAGUCCCUCUUUGCCAUGAAAAUGAACUUAAUCCCCCAAAAACAUUUCCACUGCAUUUCAGCCCUGCCACAAAAGCACCAGCUGACAUCAUGUCAAUGAUUCUCUCGUUAACACAGGUGAGAGUGAGUGUUGACGAGGACAGGGCUGGAGAUCACUCUGUCAUGCUGAUUGAGUUAGAAUAACAGACUGGAAGCUUUAAAAGGAGGGUGGUGCUUGAAAUCAUUGUUCUUCCUCUGUUAACCAUGGUUACCUGCAAGGAAACACGUACAGUCAUCAUUGCUUUGCAUAAAAAGGGCUUCGCAGGCAAGGAUAUUGCUGCUAGUAAGAUUGCACCUAAAUCAACCAUUUAUCGGAUCAUCAAGAACUUCAAGGAGAGAGGUUCAAUUGUUGUGAAGAAGGCUUCAGGGCGCCCAAGAAAGUCCAGCAAGCGCCAGGACCGUCUCCUAAAGUUGAUUCAGCUGCGGGAUCGGGGCACCACCAGUGCAGAGCUUGCUCAGGAAUGGCAGCAGGCAGGUGUGAGUGCAUCUGCACGCACAGUGAGGCGAAGACUUUUGGAGGAUGGCCUGGUGUCAAGAAGGGCAGCGAGGAAGCCACUUCUCUCCAGGAAAAACAUCAGGGACAGACUGAUAUUCUGCAAAAGGUACAGGGAUUGGACUGCUGAGGACUGGGGUAAAGUCAUUUUCUCUGAUGAAUCCCCUUUACGAUUGUUUGGGGCAUCCGGAAAAAAGCUUGUCCGGAGAAGACAAGGUGAGCACAACCAUCAGUCCUGUGUCAUGCCAACAGUAAAGCAUCCUUAGACCAUUCAUGUGUGGGGUUGCUUCUCAGCCAAGGGAGUGGUUUCACUCACAAUUUUUUCUAAGAACACAACCAUGAAUAAAGAAUGGUACCAACACAUCCUCCGAGAGCAACUUCUCCUAACCAUCCAAGAACAGUUUGGUGACGAACAAUGCCUUUUCCAGCAUGAUGGAGCACCUUGCGAUAAGGCAAAAGUGAUAACUAAGUGGCUUGGGGAACAAAACAUCGACAUUUUGGGUCCAUGGCCAGGAAACUCCCCAGACCUUAAUCCCAUAGAGAACUUGUGGUCAAUCCUCGAGGCGGGUGGACAAACAAAACCCCACAAAUUCUGACAAACUCCAAGCAUUGAUUAUGCAAGAAUGGGCUGCCAUCAGUCAGGAUGUGGCCCAGAAGUUAAUUGACAGUAUGCCAGGGCGGAUUGCAGAGGUCUUGAAAAAGAUAUAUAUAUAUAUAUAUAUAAGCAAAUAUUGACUCUCUGCAUAAACUUAAUGUAAUUGUCAAUAAAAGCCUUUGACACUUAUGGAAUGCUUGUAAUUAUACUUCAGUAUACCAUAGUAACAUCUGACAAAAAUAUCUAAAAACACUGAAGCAGCAAACUUUGUGAAGACCAAUACUCGUGUCAUUCUCAAAACUUUUGACCACGACUGUACACCUACUGUGUUUCCUGUUUGUAUCUUUUGGUAACGUUUGUGUGUAGGUUCAGGGUGGUGGUGCGCAGUCUGUCUGCAUUUCUCUCAGUCCAGAUUCCCUCCGAGGACCAAGUCCGCCUCCAGCCCAGCACCGACCUACAGCUGACUGCUAAAGCACAACAGGUACACACACACACACACACACACACACACACACACACACACACACACACACACACACACACACACACACACACACAGCCACUCACUCACUCACUCACUCAUCCUGUUUGUUGUAUGUGUGUUUCUAGGCACUGGCUGUGUUGAAGUCCAUGGCCAGCAGUAAGCAGUAUGCUGACAUGGAGGACUCUUUAGGAAAAGCUGUCCAGUUCAUCCACUACCCAGGACACUGUCUUAAAGACGGAACUCGCCUCCUCUCUCUGCUGGCCAACCUCCUCUACCCAGACCACAGAUACCUCAACAUCAUACGAUAGCAGUGCCAGUUAGCAUCGGCUAGCACUGUGACACAGUAUGCUAAACAGGAAAAGUUAGAAUAGCAACCUAUCCUGUGGUCAAAACUAGGGAACUACAUGGGGAAUAUAGUGUAAUUUCAGAUGUGCACCGAUAUGCUAGUAGCCUCCUAGCCAUCGUAUGCUGGACUGUUAGACAUAAUGGACUAGCUCUGACGACUGGAUCUCAGGACCGGACAUCAUUUGAUUGUUAAUGAUUGUUGCACAACUAUAGGUUUAUCAUAUCAGUCAAAGCUCUAGUUAUUAGAGUAUGAUACUUACUCUCUAUGUUUGUGACUUUCUAUCUGUCUCUCACUCUGUCUGCACAGAUAUAUUUGCUGCCAAUUUGCUUUUUUAAAUAAGGGUGUUGCCUGUUAAUUUUAAUUACUUUACCUGUUCCCCCACGUUUUGGCUAUGGCUGAUGUUGCAAGUGUUU